AUGGAUUCCAGCCCUUCCCAGAAACAACUGGUGCAGCAGGGAUGGAAGUAUCACCGCGCAACCUUCGAUUUAUACCUGUGGCUUGGCGGCACCGAAUGGUCCCAGGCGGCCAUCGAGCAGGUCAUGCUCCCUGAGUUGUCCCGGCUGGCAGCUGCAGACAGGGGUGCUUUCGAAAGUGAACUGAGGGUGCGCAAGGUGUCCGUGGACCUGGCAGGCACACGACUGACGGACAAUGCUUUGGCUGCAUUUCUGGCCAGCUGGCCAUGCCUUGGGCUAAGCCACUGUUCCAUCUGCUUCAAGCUGCAACGCAACCUGCUUACGGACAAGGCCAUGUCAGCGCUUGGCCAUUUUGCUGUUGCUGAGACAAUAGGGGUCUUGGAGGAGUUGCAUGCGACGCAUCAGCUUGGCCCAGGCCUUCACCGAGAAGCAGUCCUGCAUUUUCUUUCCAAGCUGUCCUCCAGCGGAAAGUACCCAUUGUGGGUAAAGCGCAGACGCUGCUUCCGGCCCGUUCAUUUGCGCUUGGGCCACUGUGGGAUCCAAAAUCCCGAGGCCAUAGCAGAGGAGCUAGAGAGCAAGACCGGAGCUCGCGUUUGCUUCGCAGACCAUCAAGGCUGCGUAAGGAUGUCCUGCAUCAAUGCGAAGAGUGGGAGUGGGGGAACCUGCCCUCUGGCGCAUUUAUACGAUUUUCGAAGCCAAGAGCAGCCUACGGAACUUGCCGAGCCAUGCGAGCGCCUGACCUUUUCUGCGGCUCGAGAGCGUGAGAGGGGUAAGACCUUCCUCUGCGGCUCGUGUCAGAAGUCCCUCCCAAUCGACAUGUUUACCCGCUCUCAGUUCCAGAAAGCAGCGGCGAUGGACGAUGGCAGAGGGGAGUCUGAGUCCCACUUAGUCCGACGAUGCAACGAGUGCGUGACACAGCCUUGCUGUGCCUGCAGCAAGGAGCUUCCUUUGACGGCCUUUGCCAACAGCCAGAUGCUGCGGCCUCAGGGCAGCCGCCGGUGCCGCGUCUGUGCCUCGGAGACCUGGUGGUGCAUCCGCUGUGCUCGGCCCCGAGCCCAAAGUGACUUCUCCUCCUUCGAAGCCAGGAAGGGAAAACGCAUCGCCAAGGUGUGCCAAGACUGCAACAAAAGCAAUACGUAUUUCGAUCGAAGACACGCUCUUUGCGUGGCUUUCAGCGGCAGGUAUUCAGCAGCUCCGUCUCGGUUGCCGUGUUUUUCCAGAGAGAUACUAUCUUGCAUUCUUGCCUAUGCAAGAGAGUCACAGUUCGUCUGCAUCGGCAUGACGAGCUUUAGUUGCACCCUGUGCAACAAGACUUUCUCUUUCCUGGCCAAUGGUGGCGAUGGCUCCCCGGUUGAAAGGCAUCUGCGGACCUCUCAGCAGCAUGCGAAGCGCCUUCGCAGCUUCGAGGCUGGAAAGCUGGUGGAACUGGCGACGACGGGCCUCGAACCGGAGCGCUUCUCCCAUUUGGGGCUCAAGGGUGCUUUCUGCAGUUCCGAGCAACUAAAGGAAGCCGCUAGCCUUGUGGACGUGUGGGCCUUGCGCGUCCAGGAGCCCGAACUGGAAGCCAGCCUCUUCAAUUUCCACAGUCUCAGGACUCGCGAGGAAGCGGAUGCCCGAGGACCUCGCUGGGCAUCCCCAGAGCAGGUGGAGAAGGCACGAUGGAUACUGCAGCAACAAAGCGCAAGACGGGCAGAUGAAGUGGGUUCGCCCGCGCAUGGCCAAGCUGAACUGGCAUCUUUCUUUGCAUCUGCUGGUGGUGAAGAUGUGGCCCGAGGAAGCCAGCGAGCGCAGCAUGAAAAGUUUCACAAGCUUCAGAUGCUGUGUUCUGCCGGCGGUUCGGACGACGACGAAGACCCGGAAACUCUGGCACUCAUGGCUUUUCUGAGUGGCUAG